CCACCAAAACCAACCAUGGAAUUGAGCUCUAAGCUCCACCGCCUUCACCUCCGCUCCGCCUUCAUCAGCGGCUCAUCCCCUUUCGACGCUCGCGCCACAGUUCUCCCUCCCCGGCUCCGCUCCCUUUCUAAUCGGAUAGCUUCUCAAUCACUUAGAGAUAGCAACAACACUAACUCCAUCAAAACCACUAGUUAUCUACAGAAAUCCACAACCCCAAUUCCUAAAUUUGCAACCCCCUUAUCGGCGGUGGCUCUUGAAACAUCCGUCGCCGAAACCACCGCCAGUGACGACGAUGUCGAGUCUUUGUUCUCGGAUAAUUCCAAGAACGAAUCUCAGAACAGACGUGGUAAAAGGAAUUCGAAUAAUUCCGGGGCUUCCAGUAUUUCUUCUGGUGUGAAGCUCGAAAAUGUCCGAAAGAGCUACAAGGGCGUCACUGUGUUGAAAGAUGUCACUUGGGAAGUCAAAAGGGGAGAUAAGGUUGGAUUGGUGGGUGUAAAUGGAGCAGGAAAAACUACCCAAAUGAGAAUUAUCGCCGGUUUAGAAGAACCCGAUUCCGGCAAUGUCAUAAAGGCGAAACCCAACAUGAAGAUCGCGUUUUUGAGCCAGGAAUUCGAGGUUUCGUUGAGUAGGACGGUCAAGGAGGAGUUUAUGAGUGCGUUUAAAGAGGAAAUGGAAGUGGCUGGGAAGUUGGAGAAGGUGCAAAAGGCGUUGGAGAGUUCCGUUAACGAUUUGGAGUUGAUGGGAAGGCUUUUGGAUGAGUUCGAUAAGCUUCAGAAUCGGGCGCAGGCGGCUGACUUGGAUAUGGUGGAUUCAAAGAUUAAUAAGCUGAUGCCGGAACUCGGUUUUGCUCCAGAGGAUACUGAUAGAUUGGUGGCAUCCUUUAGCAGUGGUUGGCAGAUGAGGAUGUCGCUUGGGAAGAUUUUACUUCAGGAUCCAGAUUUACUACUCUUGGAUGAGCCUACAAAUCACCUUGACCUUGACACAAUUGAGUGGCUCGAGGAUUAUCUGAAUCGGCAAGAUGUGCCAAUGGUUAUAAUAUCUCAUGACAGAGCAUUUCUAGAUCAGUUAUGUACAAAAAUAGUGGAAACAGAUAUGGGUGUCUCCAGAACAUAUGAGGGAAAUUACUCUCAGUAUAUUCUGGCAAAGGCGGCAUGGAUUGAAACCCAAAAUGCUGCUUGGGAGAAGCAACAGAAGGAAAUCGAGCAGACAAGAGACUUGAUACACAGGCUGGGAGCUGGAGCUAAUUCUGGCCGUGCUUCUUCUGCUGAAAAGAAGCUGGAGAAACUUCAGGAAGACGAUCUAGUUGAAAGGCCGUUCCAGAGGAAACAAAUGAAGAUCAGGUUUCCUGAGCGGGGACGAAGUGGAAGAUUUGUUGCAACGAUUAAGAAUCUGGAAUUUGGCUUUGGGGAUAAGGUCCUAUUUAACAGGGCAAAUCUUACGAUUGAAAGGGGGGAGAAAAUUGCCAUUAUUGGCCCAAAUGGAUGUGGAAAGAGUUCGUUGCUGAAACUAGUAAUGGGUUUACAAAAGCCAAUAACAGGAGAAGUUGAGAUUGGGGAGCAUAAUGUCCUACCGAACUAUUUUGAGCAAAAUCAGGCCGAGGCACUUGAUUUAAAUAAGACAGUGCUUGAGACAGUAGAAGAAGCUGCAGAGGACUGGAGACUUGAUGAUAUAAAGGGUCUCCUUGGGCGUUGUAAUUUCAAAUCUGAUAUGCUUGACAGAAAGGUUUCCCUGUUGAGUGGUGGCGAGAAGGCACGCCUUGCCUUUUGCAAGUUCAUGGUAAAGCCGUCAACUCUGCUAGUUCUGGAUGAACCAACAAAUCACUUGGAUAUUCCUUCAAAAGAGAUGCUUGAGGAGGCAAUAACGGAGUACAAGGGCACUGUCAUCACAGUUUCUCAUGACCGAUACUUUAUAAAGCAAAUAGUUAAUAGAGUAGUGGAAGUUAAAGGUUGCAAGUUGCAAAAUUAUGCAGGAGAUUACAAUUAUUAUCUAGAGAAGAAUCUUGAUGCUAGAGAAAGAGAGCUUGAGCGUGAGGCCGAGAUCGAAGAAAAGGCUCCUAAAGUGAAGGCAAAGUCAAAGAUGUCUAAGGCUGAGAAGGAAGCUCGGAAGAAGCAAAAGAUGCAGGCAUUUCAGCAAGCAAAGGCCAAAUCUAAAGGAACAAAGAAUGCCAAGAGAUGGAAUUAAGUGAAAGCUCGGAGCAUCAUCGAACAUUGUUCAUUAUUGUCAAGCUAAUUUUAGAGAUGAAGCGGGCUUUCGCAGUGUAUGUAUAUAACAGUAAACAUUAUUAUUAAUAGGAUUACGUUUA